AUGUCUCUCACUUACAUCCUCUCUGCAUGUUCAAUCGCUGCGAUUUCCGAAGGACUGAAACAUGGGCCCUAUUGGCACUCACUCGAUGAACGGAGAACUCCUCCAUGGUAUGACCAAGCGAAAGUAGGAAUCCUAGUUCACUGGGGAGUUUAUAGCGUGCCUUCGUUUGUCAGUGAGAGGUUCUGGCGAUUGUGGCAGGGUCACGAAAUGAAGGGUUAUUACCAAGUGAAGCAUUUCGUGAAGCGUUAUCCGGCGCACUGGACCUACGCGGAUUUCGCUCCUGAUUUCAAAGCCGAGCUCUUCGAUCCGCAUGAGUGGGCUAGGCUCUUCCACGAGUCCGGCGCCAAAUACGUCGUCCUGACCGCAAAACACGACGAAGGCUUCGCGUUGUGGCCGUCUUCGCGGUCCGUAAAUUGGAACGCCGCCGAUGUCGGUCCGAGAAGGGACCUUGUCGGAGAUCUCGCGGGCGCGGUCAGAAAUGCACAGUUGCGAUUCGGUGUGUCCUAUACCUUGCCCGAAUGGUACAACGAUCUGUGGGAGAAGGAUAAAGCAUCGUCGUUCACUCAGACCACUUACUCAGCCUGCAAAGUACAGCCGGAGUUAUACGAUCUCGUCGCGCGCUACAGGCCCGACGUGCUCCGGGUCGAUGGGGAGGCUGCACCAGAUACGUAUUGGAAUUCCACAAAUUUCCUCGCAUGGCUAUACAGUCAUAGCCCGGUACAAGAUGAAGUCGUUGUGAACGAUGGAUGGGGCUCCGGAAUUACGUGCAAUCACGGAGAUUUCUACACUUGCGCUGAGAAAUCUAGUUCAGAUAAAGUGCAUUCUCAUAAAUUCGAAUCUAUCCUGCCAUUGGAUGGGCAGUCGAUGGGAUAUCGUCGGAACAUGGACUUGGCCAGCGUAUUAGACAUCAAGACUUUGCUGGUGAAAAUAGUCACCACGAUCGCUUGCAACGGGAAUGUGCUCAUCAACAUUGGAGCUCGUAAGGACGGAACAUUUCCGACGAUAUUCAAGGAGCGUCUCAUGCAGAUGGGACAAUGGCUGAACUCGAACAGCGAAGCUGUCUAUGGAACAAGACCGUGGAUAACUCCGCGAGAUGCGAAGAAUCGGGAUGUGUGGUUCACUAAAAGAGACAGCGUCAUCUAUGCUUUCCUCACGGAAUGGCCGGGAGACCUCCUGGAGAUCUCCUCGAUUAAUGCGUCGGUCAUAGGGCAAAUCUCCCAGAUUGACAUCCUCUGUCCGCAAUUCUUCGACUUGAAGUUCGUAUUCAACGCUGAUGGACUCUCCGUUAUCUUACCACGUGAAAGUGCGCCCUCCCCAUUCACUUACAUAUGGGUUUUGAGGAUUGUGUAG